AUGUCAGAUGAUGAGCCGGAUCAUGAUCUCCUUGACUUUCUCCGCCAGCAUUUCCAAAAGACUGCUAUAGCUCCCGCAAUUCCAGAGACACAGGUCCUGGAAGGAGCGGAAUAUGUCUACGACAAUGCCAUUGACGUAGCGAUCGACUACCAGUCAACAAAAGUAGCAGCCGCUAUGAUCUAUGAUCAAAUGCAAAAGAAGGAGUACUCAACGAAAACUUGGUCAUCACAUGAGCUGCACCCAAAAGCGAAGGAUGAGAGCACUGUAGCAUUUAUAUUUACUAUGGACUUGUUGAAUUUCUCAUUUUGGUCUGAGAAAGAUGAUGACGAGAGAUUCGCUAUCGAGUACCAGGGGAAGACGUGGACUGGGUAUUGGAGUCUGGUUGCUGCUUUGCAAAGAGCUCUUGAAGAGGGUAUUCCCAUAACUUCCUCGGAUUUUUGGCAGAAUGAAGACGAAUUCACAGAAGAAGUCUUGAAGCACGUCUUCCGAAGCUCAACAGAAGAAGUAAUUCCCCUUCUCAAAGAACGGUUCGCCUGCCUCCGUGAAGCCGGGCAAAUCCUCUACGAAAAAUAUCAAUGCAGUUUCACCAAUUGUAUCGAUCAAGCUAAUCACUCUGCUGCCGGUCUCGUGAACCUCCUAGCAGAAAACUUCCCCUGCUUCAAUGAUGUUGUUCGAUUUGAGAACAGGAAAAGCGUGCGUCUUCUCAAGCGUGCCCAAAUCUGCGUGGCUGAUCUCUGGGCCGCUUUUGAAGGCGAGACCUUUGGCGAUUUUGACGAUAUCGAUAAGAUUACUAUGUUUGCGGAUUAUCGUGUUCCGCAGAUUUUGAAUACGCUGGGGUGUCUGUGGUAUAGUCCGCUGCUGGAUCACGCUGUGAGGCAAAAGAAAGAGAUUGAGAGUGGACAUACAUGGGAGAUUCAAAUGAGAGGAUGUAGCAUCUGGUGCGUUGAACUGAUCCGGAGAGAGAUUUUAAGAAACCAUCCAGACGCGAAGAUCAAUGCCAUUCUGAUUGAUUUCUUUCUUUAUGAUACGAUGAAGGAAAGGGAAGGGGCUGGAAAGGAUGAGAUACCCCAUCAUAGAACUCGUAGCAUCUGGUACUAA